AUGUCCAUGAUCGUGGCAAAUGAGAUCCUUGAGACUAUCACACGAAACAAGGCCCACAACAAGAGCGCGUCGGUGAGCUCUGGCCUGAGCGCCAAGACGUUGCGACCACAGUCCGGUGCUCGACCUGGGCCACAGUCCCCGAAUCAAAGCUUCAUCUCGGAUGGCUCGACGCUUACCCCUCAGCGAACACAGACAUAUGACGAGCCUCCCUCAGCGGCUGCUGUCUCUGCAGCUCAGAAUAUGUACGGCCAGACACAAACAGCGCCACAGUCACCUCGACAUCAGAAUCGGCCUCCUCAGGAGCGAACAACUUCUUCUGCUGCUAUAUCAGCAGCGGCAGCGGCAGCCGCUGGACGACCGACUUCGCAGCCAUAUGACCGAGCGACCUCGGAUUAUGGUCCCACGAAGCCUCAAGAUCGAUAUGCCAACGCUCGUCCGCCGGCAGCAGAGAUGAACCCUCCUGCACAUGCUUCCUACGAUCCCCGAGCCUACGACCAAUACAACAGACAGCAGCAGCAUGUUCAGCAACAACAAAUGCAGCAACAGCCAACGCCCAUUUCGCCGGCACCACAACAGCGACCUCAGCCUCCGCCACAGCAGCCAUCAUAUACGCCCUCGCCAGCUCUGGCACAGCAAGCACCUCCCCAACAGCAACAGCCUCGAACACAGCCUCAGCAACAGCAGCAAGUUGCCAAGAAGGAUCAGGGUCUUCCUCAGGGACGGGGACCAGGUCCUCGGAUUGGACUCGACCAUUUCAACUUUCUCGCUGUUCUUGGCAAAGGUAAUUUCGGAAAAGUCAUGUUGGCUGAGGCCAAGAAUUCGAAGAAAUUAUACGCCAUCAAAGUACUCAAGAAGGAAUUCAUUAUUGAGAACGAUGAGGUGGAGUCGACCAAAUCGGAAAAGCGGGUCUUCCAGAUCGCAAACAAGGAACGCCAUCCUUUCCUACUCAACCUGCACGCCUGCUUCCAAACCGAAACCCGUGUCUACUUCGUUAUGGAGUACAUCUCCGGCGGUGAUCUCAUGUUACACAUCCAACGCGGCCAAUUCGGACUGAAGCGUGCUCAAUUCUAUGCUGCCGAAGUCUGCCUUGCGCUAAAGUACUUCCACGAGAAUGGUGUUAUCUACAGAGAUCUGAAGCUCGACAACAUUCUCCUUACGCUUGAUGGUCACAUCAAGAUUGGUGAUUAUGGUCUGUGCAAGGAAAACAUGUGGUUUGGCUCCACUACUUCAACAUUCUGCGGCACGCCGGAGUUUAUGGCCCCCGAGAUCUUGCUAGACAAGAAGUACGGCCGCGCUGUCGACUGGUGGGCAUUUGGUGUUUUGAUCUACCAGAUGCUGCUCCAGCAGUCGCCCUUCCGUGGCGAGGACGAGGAUGAGAUCUACGAUGCGAUCCUGGCAGACGAACCACUGUAUCCGAUUCACAUGCCUAGGGACUCGGUGUCGAUACUACAGAAGCUGCUGACUCGUGAACCUGAUUUACGGCUAGGGAGCGGUCCGGGCGAUGCGCAGGAGAUAAUGAGCCAUGCAUUUUUCAAAGGAGUCAACUGGGACGAUGUAUACAACAAGCGAUUACCAACCCCUUUCAAGCCAGCCAUCAAGGACGCAAAAGAUACCAGCAACUUCGAUCAGGAGUUUACCAGCGUCACGCCGGUGCUGACCCCGGUGCAGAGUGUGCUCUCGCCCGCCCACCAAGAAGAAUUCAGAGGCUUCUCGUACUCGGCCGAGGAUAUUUGA